CAUAAGUAAUCUGGUAGCGAAAAAAUAUUGUUUUUUGAUGUUGCUGCGGCGGGACGGUGUAUCGCAAUGGCAGCUCACCCUAGCGAGCUGGAAAUAGCAAAGAAAAACCUAACUGAUGCCAUUGGGGAUAAUAUCAAACAUUAUUGGGCAAAUCUGAAACUGUGGUUCAAGCAGAAAAUCAGCAAAGAAGAAUUUGACAUCGAGGCACGCCGUCUUCUCGCUCAGGACAACGUUCAAGUCCACAACGACUUCUUGCUGGCAAUUUUGACACGAUGCCAGAUUAUUGUGUCCACACCAGAGGGAGCCUCAGUGCAGUGGAUAGGCGGGUCUGCCUCCAAGCCUGGGAAGCCAAAAGGAAAGAAGAAGUUUUCAUCUGUUCGUCAGAAAUUUGAUCAUCGCUUCCAGCCACACAACCCCCUGAGCUCAGUGCAGCCGUACUGCGUGCGGGAGCCGGGGCCCGGGGUGGCGGCGGGGGAGGAGGAGGAGCUGCGUCUGAGCGCCCACACGCUGCUGCUGCCCACGCGGGGUCAACUGGAGGCCCGCAUGAUGGUCACGGCCUUCGAGAUGGGCUUGGACAACCUGACGGAGGACGCCGUCAGCUCCAUGGUGUGCGCGCUGGAGGUCCAUCUCAAAGACGUACUCACCGCUGUGGUCUCCAGGAGGAAAGCCUAUCGCCUCCGUGAUGGUCAUUUCCAGCAUGCCUUCAGCAGUGACAUCACACCUCAGCCGUACUUGAAAAACAGCUUGGCAGCUUACCAAAGUAUCAAAGAGUGCCCGCCUCCCAGUGCCUCACUUCCAGUGGGCCCGCCCCCUCAGGUGUCACCGGACGACGCUGAACAGCAGGCAGCGCUCCUAUUGGCCUGCUCUGGUCACAGUCUCCCCGCCCCUCUACCACCUAUUAACAUGUAUGACCUAUUGGAAGCAUUGCAGGUCCAUCGCAGGGUCAUGCCCUCCCACUCCAUGUACGCCCUGAACAUCGAGCGCAUCCUGGCCAAGCUGUGGCAUCCCAGCCACGAGGAGCUGGAGCAGGACCGCGUCCACCGCCAGCGGCUCGCUGCCAAGGAGGGCCUACUGGUCAGCUGAGACCUCACUCAGCCUGGGGGCAGUGGACAGUACUCUAGCCGCCGGCACCACCACCACAGGCCUGGCAAGUUUACCAGGUGGUCGUUGGACUUUCGAGGAAGCCACAUAUUAAUAAACACAUGGCGCAAAGUAAGGCCCUGUGUCAUUAUCACAGACUAGUGGCUUGUGAGAGAUGACUUUCCCACUGUGUCAAUGCUAAUCUUUGGAUUGCCCAACAGUUCUGUGUUUGAGGGGCCUGGUGGGUGGAUUCUCAGUAAUGUUUUUUUCCAAACUAUAUUCUUACCUGUUUUUUUGUAAAUAUCUUUGUUUUAUAGCUAUACAAAACGUCCAGGGGGAAAUGAAUUGCAGGAGCAAAAAAAAACUGAGUAGCUGCUUGAAUGAAUAAAAUCUUUUGUAUUAUAA